UUUCAGAUCUGGCUAAAGAGCUCGUAUUUGCACACAUCAUGUCUGUUCUCAAUAACUCCGAGGUCAAGCUUUUUCUUCUGAUGGGGAUCCCAGGACUGGAACAUGCCCACAUUUGGGUCUCCAUCCCCAUUUGCCUCAUGUACCUGGUUGCCAUCAUGGGCAACUGCACCAUUCUCUUUAUCAUAAAGACAGAGCCCUCACUUCAUGAGCCAAUGUAUUAUUUCCUUGCCAUGCUGGCUGUCUCUGAUAUGGGCCUGUCCCUCUCCUCCCUUCCUACAAUGCUGAGGAUCUUCUUGUUCAAUGCCAUGGAAAUUUCACCCAAUGCCUGCUUUGCCCAAGAAUUCUUCAUCCAUGGGUUCACUGUCAUGGAAUCCUCAGUGCUUCUAAUUAUGUCUUUGGAUCGCUUUCUUGCCAUUCACAAUCCCCUAACAUACAGUUCUAUCCUUACUAGCAACAAGGUUGCUAAAAUGGGACUAGUCUUAGCCAUUAGGAGCAUUCUCUUAGUGCUUCCAUUCCCCUUCACUCUAAAGAGAUUAAAAUAUUGUCAAAAGAAUCUUCUUUCUCACUCAUACUGUCUUCAUCAGGAUACCAUGAAGCUGGCCUGCUCUGACAACAAGAUUAAUGUCAUCUAUGGUUUCUUUGUUGCUCUCUGUACUAUGCUGGACUUGGCAUUGAUUGUUUUGUCUUAUGUGCUGAUCUUGAAGACGGUACUCAGCAUUGCAUCUCUGGCAGAGAGGCUCACGGCCCUAAAUACCUGCGUCUCCCACAUCUGUGCUGUGCUCAUCUUCUGUGUGCCCAUCAUCACCCUGGCUGCCAUGCAUCGCUUUGCCAAGCACAAAAGCCCCCUUGUGGUGAUCCUCAUUGCAGAUAUGUUCUUGCUGGUGCCGCCCCUGAUGAACCCCAUUGUGUACUGUGUAAAGACUCGACAAAUCCGGGAGAAGAUUUUAGGUAAGUUGCUUAACAUAUGUAGGAGAUAAGAACUUGAAUAACUAGAAAAUAAAUUAUCAACCAGUAAGUAAUUGUUGGUACUUGCUAUGUGUUUAGUGCAGUGGUGGUCACUAUCUGAUGGAUGACUGGAAGGAGAGAGAGAAAAGCUAUGCAGUGCAGAAUUUAUAAUAAAGUUGGGAAUAUAAUUUAAACAGGAUAGAAAAAAUAAUCAUUAGAUAUAUGAUAU